UGUACUGAACAGCCACAACCGAUCCACAGGUCUCAAUGCUCGACGGCACGAAAGGCCACCUCCCUAAGCGCCCGCGACAUAACGGACAACUUUUUACACAUCGCUCGGAGCAUUUCUUAGCUCGGGGUGCAGGGUACGCGAGGCAACUGAUAUAUAUCUUCUUCACGUACUUUGAGCAAAAUGCAGCACACCAGCUUGUUCAGUCUUCAUGUCCGUGGAGCAAUUCUCACAGCUUUCUCUCGAGGAGGCCAUGGUGACUACUCGAGCUGGAGCCGCCAAGGCAUCAAUAAAGCGAGCUCUGCCUCAGCAGCUUGACCAAGACACGCCCUUACCUUCAGUCGAACCCGUUUCCCCAGUAUCGCCAACCCCCUCUCUCGUCAUCUCGACGAAUAAUUUGAGCUACAACAUCUCCUCAUUCGACGCCAAUCAACGUCGAAGGGCUAAACGAGGACUUCAAGACAACCUUGCAAUCCGGCUGAAAUACUGCACAUCCGAUGUCGAUGAUGAAGAUCCCAGCAUCCGGACCCAGUAUUUCUACAUCAACGACGACAUCGAAGUUGUGAUGGGUGGAAGACUUCGCAGACCUCGAUGCUCAUGCGGGGCUAAUGAAGAUGGCAUUGCCUGCAAGCACAUAUAUUGGGUUGGUGAUCACGUUGUCUCCACCAUACCAGAUGUCGUCAAAGAUCAGCCCCUUCAGAUCUCUACAGAUGGGUCUACCUUCCAACAUAUCAAACCUGCAGACGUCUUGCAUAGAAGAGGCUUAGAAGAUGUUGCAGAAGAUCUGGAUUGGGUCUAUGAGGAUGAGGACGUAUCCGAAGAUGAAGACGAUAUCAAGGAGACAGUUAUCAACAUGCUUUCGGUAUUCGAACCUCAGGGAGCAUUGCCAGAAGAGUUCCAGUGUCCAGAAUCGCCUCUCACUUCUGAACGCUCGAAGAAGUAUCAGGAGUUCGUGGCAUUGUUCACUCGCUACGCAACCCAGGAUCCAGGACUGCUUCUGCAGACGCGCGACAUCAUCGAUCCCAACUUUCAGAGUCGUGUGUUCUUCCAAAACGUUGAGAAUCGCAUCACUCAAACGUUCCAAGCCUUGGACGAAUAUAUUACGUACGGUGGCACAGACGCUUCGGCAGAUGCGAUGCGCUUUGGACUGCCAAUCACUGCAAAAAAGCUCAGGGGUCUGGUGGAGGCUAUCAAUAACUUUGUCAACCGGCAAGACAAAGACGAUCCUGACUUCAAGAAUAUCGCAGUCCGGGCAGCCGCAGCGCUGGUGCGCAUUCUCGAUCUUGUCACGGAUCGUAACGUUGAUGCUUACGAGGACAUCACGUGGGGCCUUCGACCUGGAAGCCCUCGUGAAAACAACCUGUACUGUGCUCUUAUCGGUGAGCCAGAGGCCGGUGCCCCCCUGUUCGUCCUCAGCGCACUCCGUUUGCUCCCUCACGAAGAUGUCAUCCGCAGUCACUGGACGACCUUACAAAGUAUUGAAGCAAAGCUUAUUCAGCACGAUGCGCCAGUCGAUUACCUGAAUGCAUUCUAUCAGAUCAUCCACGAUAACCGCAAGAGAGCUGCCUCUGAGGUCUACGGAGGUCAGAUGAAGAGGACAGCCUCUUGAUCAGUAAGCCACAGAGUCGUUUCCUUUCUUCUCCGAUUCGCAAUGCUAGUCUCAAUGGCUAGUACUCUAGGGUAAUUGCUUUUUGUUUUAUAGCAUUUGGAGCUGUUGGAUUUUGUGUAGUCAGUUCACUCCUUUUCUGUCUUGGUUCA